AUGGAUGUUGUUUGGUUGAAGGAGAGUCUUUCCGGUAGCAUUGAAAAGUGUCGAAUCCUGCUCUCGGAACUGGAGUCUAUUUACACAGCCUCAGAGGACGCGGUAAACUACUCUAGAAUACGCUGGACACUCAAUGAUCUGAGCACUCGAGGCGGCAAUGCCAACGACAAGGCCAGUCUGACGAACUAUCUGAAGGAGGUGUUGAAUUUGAGGGAUAAUCUGCUGCAGGGUAUCACAAUCUUUUACGAGGAUGCCGGGGAACCGGUGCCACAGCAUAUUAGGGAGGCCGCAAGGUUAACAGUUCCCAAUCAAACCGCCCAGUCAAAACCCGCUGUACGAUUUUCAACUAAUGGUGGCCCAGCGGCUGCUGUUAAGAUCGUCGUCCCGCCUGCCGUUUCUGUGCGCUCCAGUUCACCCCGUCCUCAGCCUUUUACGCAGCAGCCUGGCAUGAAGAAGGAAAAUACCUCUUCCAGUUCCCCGCCGGAUCAGCGACAGACGCGUCCUGACGCAGCACCUAACAACCGUCCGUUCUCCCCAAAGAUUGCAGCCAUUUUGGAAGAACAUACUGCAGCCAAUUAG